CCCACUCGUGCAAUAAGGCCAGUGGCAACAUGGUCCCCGCGCCGUGACUGGAGUUAAAUUAGCUGGAGAGCGCAAAUUUGCCGCCUCGUCUAAUCUAGUUUGCGUGUCUGGCGCAGUGCAGUUACAGCUUCUUUUUUAAAUUAGUAUUCCUGUCAAGUGACGUUGACUUUUUUGGUCACCCCUGUCGGAGCUUCAGAGCGAAAUGGAUAUUCUUGUGCGUGUUAUUGGGUUUUUUUUCACUGGACAGGUAAUUUGUGGCUCUCAUUAGUAGAGACUGGAGGUAGAAUAUCGUCCGACGGAGGUGUCUCUUAGCGUUUGUGGCCAAUAAUAAUAAUGGAGCAGGAAGAGGUUUCAGCAGCGGGCGCGGAGAGUCGGUCCUCGUCAGGUUCUCACACCUUAUCAGAAGGAGAUGACCUGACAUCAGAAUUGGACCUAAAAUCAAUUGAAGAAGACAGCCACCACGCGGGCUUUCAGUGCGUCAACACUAUGGGACAUGGCACAUCCCCAGAAGAGCCAGACCAAGACGAGGACGAGGAAGACGAAAGGAUGGACCACAUCUUGUUUCCUCCUGCCACAUCAGUGCGUAAAUACAGUAAUCCUGACCUGACGGUGGGAUUAAACCCUGCCCUGAAACUGAAGCGGUAUCUGAGUGAAGAUGGGACACACAUGCGCAGGAGGAGCCUCGGGGGUGGACUUACAGGAAAGUACCUUCUGCUGCCUAGUAACACACAGCAACCCACUUGGCAUCCUUCACCUGAGACAUCAAAUCUGCUUCGUAUGCGGUCUCUUAACCUCGGGAAGUCUGACCCAUCCAUCACCUCUAGUCAGAAAGAACUGAGUCUUCCCAGAAGAGGCAGUCUCCUCACUCCCCGAAGCUUGAGUCCCACUCCCACUAGCCCUUGCAGUCCGUGCAGCCCACUGCACGCUUUUCAUUUUUGGAGUUGCAGGACAAGCAACAGAAAAAGUCUGAUAGGAAGUGGUCAGUCAUCAGGUUUACCACGACCUCAUUCACCACUCUCUACUCUCACUGGAACAAGUCCACAAGACAGUCCCAGGAAUUUCUCCCCCAGUGCUUCAGCCCAUUUCUCAUUUGCCCGAAGGACUGAUGGCCGCCGCUGGUCACUGGCCUCUCUCCCCUCAUCAGGCUAUGGAACCAACACACCUAGCUCCACUCUCUCUUCAUCCUGUUCAUCACAGGAGAAGCUGCACCAGCUGCCCUUCCAGCCAACUCCUGAUGAACUGCACUUUCUCUCUAAGCACUUCUGCACUGAGAGCAUCUCUGGAGAUGAAUGUCGACGAGCCACACCAAUGCGACCACGUUCACGCAGUCUAAGCCCAGGACGAUCUCCAUCAUGUUUUGACAAUGAAAUUAUUAUGAUGAACCAUGUCUACAAGGAGAGAUUUCCGAGGGCCACAGCUCAAAUGGAGGAGAAGAUUGAGGAGAUCAUCCGCAGUAACUCUCCAGAGAACGUCCUCCCUCUGGCAGAUGGCGUCCUCGGCUUUGCACAUCACCAAAUCAUUGAGCUGGCCCGUGACUGUCUCGAGAAGAGUCGGCAAGGACUGGUCACCUCCAGCUAUUUCUGCGAGUUCACCGAUAAGCUGGAGAAGCUGGUUAUGGAGUCAACAGAAAGAUCAGAGAGUGAGGAAGUGAACUUCAUCAGAGAGCUAGUAAAAAAACUUCUCAUGGUCAUAGCCCGACCAGCACGAUUACUGGAAUGCCUGGAAUUUGAUCCAGAGGAGUUCUAUCACCUUUUGGAGGCUGCUGAAGGACACGCUAAAGAGGGCCAGGGCAUCAAAACUGAUAUCCCCCGUUACAUUAUCAGCCAGCUUGGACUGACAAGGGACCCUCUGGAAGAAAUAGCUCAGUUGACUAGCAGUGACAGUGGGAUUGCAGAAACACCUGAAACAGAUGACUCGUCUCAAAGUUUUAGUGCAGUAUUACGGUCCAGGCGGAAACCCUGUGAGCUAGACUUUGAGAUGAUAAAACUCAUUAGUAAUGGCGCCUAUGGAGCUGUAUACCUGGUUCGGCAUAAGGAGACAAAGCAGCGUUUUGCCAUGAAAAAGAUCAACAAACAAAACCUUAUUUUGAGAAAUCAAAUCCAGCAGGCGUUUGUAGAAAGAGACAUCCUCACCUUUGCAGAGAAUCCUUUUGUGGUCUCCAUGUUCUGCUCUUUUGAGACACGACGCCACUUGUGCAUGGUUAUGGAAUAUGUAGAAGGUGGUGACUGCGCCACUCUUUUGAAAAACAUGGGUCCUCUUCCUGUGGAUAUGGCCAGAAUGUACUUUGCUGAAACUGUACUUGCGCUCGAGUACCUCCACAAUUAUGGCAUUGUACACAGAGAUCUUAAACCAGACAACUUGCUGGUUACCUCAAUGGGGCACAUAAAACUGACAGAUUUUGGGCUGUCAAAAGUAGGCCUGAUGAAUAUGACUACCAAUUUGUAUGAAGGACAUAUAGAGAAAGAUGCACGGGAAUUUUCUGACAAGCAGGUUUGUGGAACUCCCGAGUAUAUUGCUCCAGAGGUGAUUCUCAGACAAGGCUAUGGGAAGCCGGUGGACUGGUGGGCAAUGGGCAUUAUCCUCUAUGAGUUUCUAGUUGGCUGUGUGCCGUUUUUUGGAGACACACCAGAGGAACUUUUUGGACAAGUCAUUAGCGAUGAAAUCAACUGGCCGGAGGGUGAAGACGCUCCACCUCCUGAUGCGCAAGAACUUAUCACAUUGCUGUUGAGACAGAAUCCUCUGGAAAGACUUGGUACAGGAGGGGCUGCAGAGGUGAAGAAUCAUCAGUUUUUUCACAACCUUGAUUGGAAUAGUUUGCUGAGGCAGAAAGCAGAGUUUAUUCCACAGUUGGAAUCUGAAGAUGACACUAGCUAUUUUGACACUCGCUCUGAAAGAUACCAUCACCUUGAAACAGAAGAGGAUGACACUAAUGAUGAAGACUUCAACAUGGAAUUGCGGCAGUUUUCCUCCUGUUCUCACAGAUUCUCCAAGGUUUACAGCAGUCUGGAUCUGUCCCGUGGGCAUCUGGAGGAGGAAAAGGGAGAGACUGAAGAGAACAAAGCGGAGACUCCACUGACUGCCGAUACACUUAACUGGAUGCCAGAUUUUGCUGAAAUGCCAUCCAUAUCCCAGUCAACAGACAGUGGCAGUAUGAACCAAGGGUCUUGUUUGUUACCAAAGUUUGCCAUUUCAGCAGAGAGUGAAGGAGAGGAGUCCUCAGGCCUUGCAGACUCAACUAAACCAUCCUUGUCUGUUGAAAUACCUCUAGAUGAGCCUGACAUGACAACCCCUGGCAGCACUCCAGGAGAAACUCUCUCUGACAGUUUUUCUGAACAUUUGGACCAGCUGGUCCCUCGAAGUGAAGAGAGGGAGAACCCUGACAUUAACUCCCCUGGCGACCAGGUGACUCAGCCAACUCUUGCUCUUCCACAGACCGCUGUGGAAAAGUCUGGAGUUGUACCAAAAGUCCCCAAAUCUGUUUCAACUGGAACUCUUUCUCUCAUGAUUCCAGGAGACCUUUGUGGUGUGUCUCCACUGCCCAGCCCCCUAUCACCGUACUCACUUUCCUCAGACCCUUCUUCGCGAGAUUCCUCUCCAAGUCGGGACUUGUCCUUGUGUGCUACAAACCUGCGGCAACCAGUCAUAAUACAUAGUUCUGGAAAGAAGUUUGGCUUCACGCUCAGAGCCAUACGAGUUUAUGCUUGUGACAGUGAUGUCUACACUGUCUACCACAUGGUCUGGAACGUAGAAGAAGGAGGACCCGCACACACAGCUGGAUUAAAAGCUGGGGACCUCAUCACACAUGUCAAUGGGGAACCAGUGCAUGGCCUUUUUCACACAGAAGUAGUUGAGCUUCUUCUAAAGAGUGGUGGCAAAGUUGCCAUCUCUACAACACCAUUUGAAAAUACGUCCAUUAAAACUGGACCGGCCAGAAGAAACAGCUACAGAAGCAAGAUGAUAAGGUGUGCUAAAAAAGCUAAAAAGGAGAAGACUCCAGAGAGGAGGCGCUCCCUCUUCAGGCGUUUUGCCAUGCAGCCCUCUCCUCUGCUGCACACAAGCCGCAGUUUUUCAUCAUCUCUGAACCACUCUCUCUCAUCUGGUGAGAGCCUCCCUGGAUCCCCGACCCACAGUCUAUCCCCUCACUCUCCUACUGCCUCCUUACGACCUGCACCAGACUUCACCCAGUCAGGAGGGAACUCCUCUCAAAGCAGUUCUCCAAGUUCCAGUGCUCCUAACUCGCCUGCAGGUUCUGGAAACAUCCGUCCGAGUACGUUGCAUGGCCUUGGCCUAGGACCACGACUUCGCCAGGGUCGCCGAAAAUCCGCUGGUAGCAUCCCCCUUUCUCCUUUGGCCCGCACACCUUCUCCAACACCACAGCCAACUUCUCCACAGCGCUCUCCUUCUCCUCUACUAAGCGGGCAUUCAGUCACAAUCUCAAAGACACCCCAAACCUUCCCAGCCAAGAUCCACUCUCCUCCCACUAUUGUCCGCCAUAUUGUGCGCCCCAAAAGUGCUGAGCCUCCUCGCUCACCCCUCUUAAAGCGAGUGCAGUCUGAAGAGAAGUUGUCUCCCUCUUACUCUGGAGACAAGAAGCACCUGUGUCCCAGAAAACACAGCCUGGAAGUGACGCAGGAGGAGGAGCAAGGGGAAGAACUAGGCAGUGAUCAACACAAUGUGGAUGAGACAUGUGAACCUGUGUCUGUCCCCCGCAUUCGACCCGUUGAACAGGGGUGCUUAAAAAGGCCAGUUUCUCGAAAGAUGGGACGUCAGGAAUCCCUUGAAGAACUUGACAAAGAAAAGCUGAAGUCAAAACUUGUUGUUAAGAGGUUGGACUGGUCAGAAAGGAGGGAGUCUUUACAAAAGCAAGAUGCCCUUUAUGAAUCAGAUUUGGUUUCUUUCUUUGGUGAAGACAGGGAUGAAUUUCAAACCUCUGAGACCCAUCCUGGUUUUGCACUUAAAAAGUGGAACACACAUGUUUCAGAUACCAGUGUUGAGCCUGGUGCCAGUAGUGAUGGAGACAGUAGCCCCAGAUCCCACUCAGAUAGGCCACACUCAAGACUGAGUAAAGAUCUUAUUAAGCCAGAUAGACUGGACUUCAAAGCUCCUAACAUUGAGCUGACCCGAAAGAGGCUUUCAUUUGAAGAACGUGAGGACUGUGUACGUCGUUUGUCCUCAACUAUUCUUGAAAAUCAUCAUUUUGGGUCUACAAGAUCUAAAAGUCUUCAGCUGGACACAGUUUUAAGUCAUGAUCAAAUGAAGGCAGGAAUAGGAAGUAUUCACUCAAGCCCUGAAGGUCUGGCCCCCAAAUAUUUCUCUGGCAGACCAGAGAGUGCUGUGGAGAAACUUCAUCUUAUUUCCUCCUUAGAGUCUCCUCUUCGUAAAACCUCCUCUGAAUAUAAACUAGAAGGUCGUCAUGUUUCUUCUCUUAAACCUUUAGAGGGGACAUUGGAUAUAGGUCUGCUGUCUGGGCCAAGAAUCUCAAAGACAGAGACCUGCUUGGCAAAGAUGAUAGAAAAAGUCAGUGAGCCAGUAAGUUCUCCAACUCGACUACAGAGCUUUAGUGAGAGACAAAUUACAAUUCCCCACCUAAAAUCUACAGACAAACCAAAAAGCCCCACUACAAGUUCCCCCAAACCAGAAACCCUUAAUAUGACAGCAUGCCCAGAGUCUGUCACAGAAGUGAGGAGCGAGAAAACGCUCAGUGAAUGUUUAAAGAGUCCCACCAGUAAAGCAGAACCUUUUGCUUUUACUGUAAAACAGGAGAGCAGGACUGCACUGAAGGGCUCUUCCUCCCUGACUCAUGACCUGAGAGGGGCUCGACACAGCUCCCAUUUUUCUUCAUAUGGAAAAACACCUUCAAUAAGGGAAGUCAGCAACGAGGACCAGGAGGAUGAAGUGGAGGAACAGGAAGUCACACCACACACUUCAUCACACAACUCUGACAGCUCCAACACAGGCAACCUUUUGACUGGAGCCAGACCUGAGGCAGACAUAAUAACUACCCAGGCACCUUUAUUAGAGCAAACUCCAGCUGCAAGCACCACAGGACUAUUAUUGGUCACACAGAACAUAAACUCUGCCUUAAACAAUGAAUAUACAGAAACUGCACAAAUGUCAAAUACAAUCUCUGCCUCUAAGAAGGUUGUAGGUAAUUUACAGAAUCCAGUUUCUGGGGAUUCACAACCGCCAUCUAAAGAGCCCUUGCAUUGUUCCUUAAGGAAAGAGUCACCUUCUCUUACCACUACAACAACUGACUCAAUGACUGCAUAG